AUGAUAUGUCUCUGUUUUGCAGCACCCCCGCGCCUCUGUAUAUUCGGACGGGGUGCUUUACGAAAAGUGAUUACCAACGUAUAUACACACAUCUAUCUAUCUAUCUAUCUAUCUAUCUAUCUAUCUAUCUAUCUAUCUAUCUAUCUAUCUAUGCCUCAUUACAUUUCCCUUUUUUUAAUUCGUUGCUUGUUUAUUGCUUCUAUAUUUUUACUCUUUCUUUCUUUUUUCUUUCUUUACUUUUUCCCCUUUUAUAAUACAUUUUCCAUGUCUGACUCUUUCUUUCUUACUUUCUUUUUCCAAGAUAUUUUUAUUUAUUUGACAAUACAUUUUCCAUGUUUUAUUCUUUCUUUCUUUCUUUCUUUCUUUCUUUCUUUCUUUCUUUCUUUCUUUCUUCACAGCUCUUCAAUUUCGUUUUUUUCCUACUUCCUUUCUUCCUUUCUUUCAAUUUAUUUAUUUGACAAUACAUUCCCUUAUUUUCACUCUUUCUUUCAUUUCUUCUUUCCUUCUUUCCCGCUUUUUUCCAAGAUCUUUAUUUUUAUUUCUUUGACAAUACAUUUUCCAUGUAACCAUGAGUCAACUAGACUAUCUAUCUAUCUAUCUAUCUAUCUAUCUAUCUAUCUAUCUACGGUCAGUAAAAUAUAG